AUGUUAUUAAUCUUAAUAAUAUUGGUUCAAUUGAUCGAAGGUAUAAAGAUCAAUAAUAAAUUUAUUGAAGAACCAGAAGAUGUUGAAACAAUAAUUGGAUCAACAUUAAUUCUUCGUUGUCGAACAGAACCUAUUCAUGAAAGUCAAGUUAUUUGGUGUAAAAAUGAUUUUUGCACAUUAGGAAAAACACGAGAUUUAACAUUUUAUCCUCGUUAUCAAAUUAUUGGACAUGCUCAUCAAGGUGAACAUCAUUUUAAAAUAGUUAAUGUAUCAUUAGAAGAUAUCGGAAUGUAUCAAUGUCAAAUAUUAGCUGGACCUCGAAGAGCUGCUUCAAUCUCACGAAAAGCUAAAUUAACUGUUUUACAAAUUCCAACAAUUUUAUCAAUAGAUAGUCCAGUUAUAUUAAUAGAAAAUGUCUUAUCAUAUAUUGUAUGUCGAUCUUAUAAUGGUAUGCCUGAAGCUAAACUUUCUUGGAAUAUUCCAAAAUCAAUAAAUUAUUUAUCAAAAAGAGAUUAUGCACUUCUAUCAGGUCAAUCGUUAAGAAAUUCUAUAUCAAAUAUAACAUUAAUACCAAAUAGAUCUUAUCAUGGUUUAAUAAUUCAAUGUCAAGCACAUUCAUCUGCUAUUCAAAUUCUUAAUAAAACACUCAUUACUCAACA